CCAUCCGACUCAUCCUGAAAUUACAAAGAGGACUCAUGAAUGCACUUUCUGGAUGUGCAGUUUAUUUAAAAUUAGUUUUUAGAUGAAAUAAUUCUGUCAAAGUUACGUAAAUAAUUGAGAAAAUACCUAACUUCAGUAAUGCUCAGACUAUUUGAGGGCAUCAGGAAAGCAUUCCUCUCUGUUCUUUUCCUUGGGACCAGUAUAAUCUUGCUUGGAGGUGUUGGAUGCUUUUGUGAAUUAGAUGGCAAAGUGGAUACAGAGGAGAACGGUCAACCCAGACCCCCUCACCUUAUCUUCAUCAUGGUGGACGACCAAGGUUAUGGAGACAUUGGGUAUCACGGCUCAGACAUCCACACUCCUGCGCUGGACCGGCUUGCAGCAGAAGGUGUCAAAUUGGAAAACUAUUAUGUCCAGCCUAUCUGCUCACCCUCUCGUAGUCAGCUCAUGACAGGACGUUAUCAAAUUCACACUGGUCUCCAGCAUUCAGUCAUCCGACCUCGCCAGCCGCUCUGUUUACCUGCAGACAUUCCCACUCUACCUGAACGUCUGGCUGGUGCUGGAUACGCCACACACAUGGUUGGGAAAUGGCACCUGGGAUUCUCUAGGCCAGACUGCCUGCCCACACAACGUGGAUUUCAAAGUUUCCUUGGAACCCUGACAGGCAGUGGAGACCACUUCUCCUAUCAGAGCUGCGAUGGGGCUGAAGCUUGUGGAUUUGACUUGCAUGACGGGAACAGGCCUGCCUGGGAGAUGAGAGGCAACUACUCUACCCUGCUUUACAUUGAGAGAGUGAAGAAGAUUUUGCAGAACCACAACUCCAGCACACCGCUCUUCCUCUACUUGUCCCUCCAGGCUGCACAUACCCCCCUACAGGCACCAGACCUUUUCUUGCACCACUAUAAAACACACAGCAAUCGUCAAAGGCGUCACUAUGCAGCCAUGCUAAGCUGCUUGGAUGACGGGGUAGCACCGAUGGUAAAAGAGAUGAAGGCUAGUGGGCUUUAUCAAAACUCUGUGCUGAUCUACUCAUCUGAUAAUGGAGGACAGCCGCUAUCAGGCGGAAGCAACUGGCCACUUAGAGGAGGGAAAGGGACUUACUGGGAGGGCGGCAUCAGGGCUGUCGGGUUUGUCCAUAGUCCCCUUCUAAAGAGGAAAGGAAUUGUUAGUAAAGCACUGAUCCAUGUUUCUGACUGGUAUCCUACAUUGCUUAGGCUUGCAGGGGACCUGCAAUCCUACCAUGAUCUAGAUGGCCAUAACGUCUGGGGAAGCAUCAAUGAGGGCUUACCCUGCCCUCGUAAGGAAAUCCUUUUCAACAUCGAUCCUGUGUCAAGGAAACCUGGGGAGCCAUAUGACAAAGCAGUGGUACUCAAUGGGUUCGGGAUUUGGGACACCGCUGUUAGAGCCGCACUAAGAGUGGGUGACUGGAAGUUAUUGACAGGAAAUGUGGGUGAUGGAGACUGGAUACCACCACAGGCUCUUCCCGCUGGCCGAGAACGGUGGCAGAAAUUGGAGAAGCAACGUAAUAGGCUGGGGAAGUCAGUGUGGCUGUUUAACAUCAGUGCGGACCCGUACGAGAGGUUUGACCUUGCUGAGAUUCGACCAAGGGUGGUAAAACAUCUAUUGCUCAGGCUGGCAGAGUAUAACCACACAGCUGUAAUGGCAAAGAACCCACCAGAUGAUCCAAUGGCUGAUCCAGAACUACAUGGUGGAGUGUGGAGUCCCUGGCUGGGCCAAGAGAGCUGGAAAGAAGAUACAAGGGUUGAAGAAGGCAAAAAGGAAAAGACUGUAAAGUUUAAACAUUGUAAAUUAUGCAAAUUAAAAGCCCUCUUCAAAAAAGUGGGGUCACGUCUUGAAAGAAAAAACAUUUUCUAAAUGUUCUCUCAGGUUCAUAAAUGUUAUGCCUAGCAAAAGGAAUUUACACAAACUGAACUUUUUCACAUUUAUUCACAUGUAAACCACCAACCUAGCAAGUUCCUUCUAGUUUUAUGAGGUAAUUUUGGUCAAAGUUACAAUUACCAUUCAGCAAACCUAAAAUAAUAAACAGUUUAAGAUUUUUCACAGUAAUGAAAAGUUUGCUGUAUAUUUACUUUACUGUACAUAUAACCACCGUGACAAUUUGUGGGGGGAAAAACUGGCUAAUAGCACAUACAUAAUGUUUGUACUAAAUAAUUUAAAACAUGUAAAAAUUAAGUGUAAACAAAACACUCAUAAUUGAACAUUAAAAACAAAAUAAAAAAUAAAUAUCCCCUUUAGAGACCAAUAAAAACCAAUCAUAACAUGACAAGCAUAACAUAUUAAGCACCCUUGCAGAAAAAAUGUAAAUAAAAACUCUUGGCAGAGACAUAUGUAGCCUAUAUAGAGAUGUAGCAAGUAAUAUACCUAAAGUGCAGCAGGUGCCAGAGUAGUCUAUGAAAUCUUUUGAUGCUCUGUUUAGUUGCAUUAGUGUGGUUUGUGUUUGUCUGUGAAGGUGUGUGUUUCUAGGUGUGUAUAAAGGCAUGAUGCAGGGAUAGGUGUUUAACUCUACAGGCGCCAUUACCUUCACAGAUGGUAUUAAAAUAAAAAUGUAUUAAUUUUCCUUAGGAAGUAAUAAAAUGUAUUCUGCUCAA